AAUAACUCAAAAAAUUGUGAAACCUUGAAGGGAGCUAAAUGCAAAUGAUCCAAAUUACACGCAAAAAGGAUGAGCUGCUGCCACCUUUCAACCAGGAAACGGCUGCCAUGGCAUCCCAUUCCCCCAAUUUCCAUCCACACAUCCCAUUCCAUUCCAUUCCUCACUAAUUUGACUAAAAUUGAAUUUUCUUCUGAAUCAUCACCAUGGCCAUGUGGGUCUCAACCUUCAAGAACCUCAGAUGCUGCGCCGUGAUCACGGGCCUCUCGAACGUAGUCGUGAUCCUUAUCGGUGCCAUUUUGAUCAAACUCGUGUACCCAGAUUGUGGCCACAAAGAUAUUCUUCCUUUUGUUGUGAUUUUGUUGGGUUGUUGCAUUAAAAUCUUCAUCAUGAUCCGUACCGGCAUUGCUCAACAAGCCACCGCCACGAUGAUCCUCAAUCGUCCCUCCCAGAGCGCCGUACUCGACGCCGUUAUACGCCAUGAGAGACGGAUCAGGUAUAAGAGAUGGCUUUUGUGGACUCGUUUUUUAAUGCUUACUACAGUGCUGCAGUUUCUGGCAACAACUUUCCUCAUGCUCAUUGUGGCUAAACACGUGCAUCAAAGAGGAGCAUCAAGUAACUGUGUAUUAGGGCAUGUUUCAAAUGGUACCAAGUGGCAGCAAGACAUACUUGUCCUUUUCAUUAUCAUGAUGUUCUAUGUGGGGAUGGUACAAUGUUUUACAGGAUCUGAUAUCCUAAGGUGGAGGUCUUUUUAUGCAACUGAAGAUAAUGCAUGGAAAACUCAUUACAGUGAGAUAUUUGAUCAUGGCAUUCGAGAGGCUUUGUGCUGUAUGGGACGCGUGAAAUACUUGAAUGUGUUGGAGGAUGAUGAAAUUUACUCGGUGGCACAGUUAUUGGGUGAUCUGGUAGAUUAUCGUGCGGCUGGCACUGGGCAUUUAGAAUUAUUGGCAGGAUUAGCUUUAUUACAGACGCAUAGUGAAUCCCCUAAACUAUAUGAAGGGUGUUUGGAGGCACCUGAAGAGCGAAUUCAAGAGGCUGCUGUUUUUCAUCCGUUUGCUGAAGCUGCCUAUACGGGUCUGUUACUUGAUAUUGGAAGAAAUCCUGUACUAUUUCCUUGUUCGUGGCUCUAUAGGCAAGGGAUUUGGGCUCCCUGGACUCGUAACAGGUACCCUGUGCUCAAAGGUGAUAACUGGUGGAGAGGUCAUGCAGCAGCCUUUUUGAAAUAUGUUAAUUUAUCUCCAGAUGCACUUCGUCAAGGGCGUGUUAACCAGGCGAAGUGUGAAGCUACGUAUUUUAUCGUGGUUGUACAUCAUCUGAAAUCUGUUGUAAUUGCUGUACGGGGAACUGAGACUCCCGAAGACCUCAUAACUGAUGGCUUAUGUAGAGAAUGCAUCCUCUCUCCUGAAGACUUGGAUGGGUUGAUAAAUGGCAAUUAUGUUCACCCAGAUGUUAGGCAACGAGUAAUUUCAUCUAUACCGCACUAUGGGCAUUCAGGUAUAGCUGAGGCUGCACGAGAUCUAUUCUUGCAAAUUGAAGGAAAUCCUGGAAAUGAUGGAUUGGCAGAUGUUUCCUCUAACUCAAGAGGAUUUCUUUCUUCAUUGCUUGGAGCUGGAUGUGAAUGUGAUGGGUAUGGUCUUCGCAUAGUGGGGCAUUCCCUUGGAGGAGCUAUUGCCGCAUUGUUGGGACUUAGGUUAUAUCGCCAAUACCCAAAUUUGCAUGUCUAUGCUUACGGUUCUCUUCCGUGCUUGGAUCCAAUCAUAGCAGAUGCUUGCUCAGAAUUUAUUACGAGUAUUGUAUACAACAAUGAAUUUUCAGCACGUCUUUCAGUUGCUUCAAUCCUAAGGCUUCGUGCAGCUGCACUUAUGGCAUUGUCACAGGAUACAGCUGAUUCAACCAUAACUUCUAUGCUUGCACACAAAUUUCUGUUUGUGAGCAGGUAUGACAGAACUAGGGUUGAGGAAAAGAUUCACGAUUCACAUUUGAAUUCUAGUGCUAUGACAACUGGAGAUAGAAACCUCCAUGGUUACAGUAGUCCAUGCAGGAAUGGGAUCACAGGGCAGGAUCAAGAGUCCUCCCUCUGGCAAGCUAUCAACAUGAAAGAUGAUUCUGGUGGUGAAAUUAAUCGCAGUGAUUCAAUUGAUGAUUUCACUAAUCCUUUUUGUGCUUCUCCUGAUAAUGUAAAUUUGUCUGGUGAUCCUGUGUCUGAGUUUAUGGAAACCGUGCCAUUGUCUCAGAAUGGAUCCCCGGGGGUUCUCCCUGAGAUGUUUUUACCAGGCUUUGUAAUUCAUAUAGUACCACAGAAAAACAGCUUUCACACCCCUUUGUGGAGAAGUUGGAGAACCCAAGAGAAGUAUUGGAUUUAUAAAGCUUAUACAGCAAAUAGAGAAGAUUUCAAGGAUAUCGUUGUGUCAACAUCCAUGUUCCUUGACCAUCUACCUUGGAGAUGUGAUUAUGCCAUGCAAAAAGUAUUGGAAGUGCGAAGUGCCUCCCAAAGUGCCUCCCAAAGUGCUCUAUAUGAUGGAUCUCAAAUGGUGUGAGUUCUAACUGUUGAGUUCAUUUCUAAAUUUAGUUUCUCCUAUCAUUAUUUGAGCCAUGUUAGUUUAGUUUCAACCAGCUGGUUGGGUAGAAUGUAGAAAUGGUGAUACAGUUAUUGCCAUCAUCCAAUAUACAUUAUACGGUAGAGAUGUUACUUGGAAUGUGCAUCCUUGUUUGUAGUAGUUUGUGGAAUAGGAACAGGAACACUACUAAUUUUAGCUGCUCUAAAAUGCAACAUUAUAGGGGUUCACUUAUUAUUAAUCACAAGUUUCCAGGUGUUUCUGUA